AUGAUCAGAAGGGCCCCUACCACCUUGCAGCUCAGUCACGACGACGUAACCUCUCUGAUCGAUGACCUGAACGAGCAGAAACUCAAGCAGCAGCUGAAUAUCGAGAAGACAAAAUACUUCCAAGGAAAAAAUGGCGGAUCGCUGCACUCCAAUACAGACUUUCAGGACACAUCGCAGAAUAUCGAAGACAACAAUAACGAUAACGAUAACGAUAUCGAUGAAGAUGACGACAUGUCAUCUUACAACGACAAAGCAGCCUCGGUAGCGCACACCAGAGUCCUCAAUUCCUUGCAUCUGUCCACCGACAGCAAUACCGCCCACGAGACGUCCAAUGCAAACGACAACCACAACCCCUUCUACAUCCGCGAGGAAUAA